AUGCUACCAAUUAAGUCGGGUCUAGAUAGUAAUUUUUUUUUUAAUAUAACAAAAAAAUACCACAAGUACUAUUCAUAUCGCAAUUAUACCAUUCGUAAUAAUGUAACUGAUGAAUCCCAUACUGAUUGCAGUGGGACAUGGCGGCAAAAUGUAGUAGGCGCACAAGAAUUCCAGAAUUUAAAGGUUGGUCCUUAUAAAAGGGGCAGAUGGGUUGUCAGUUUCAAGGAAGAUCCGGGUAGUUUUGUCACUAAUAUGCUCAUAUUCGUCAUCACAGGCUAUACAAUCUUCACUCUUUCACCAGGCGAAUCCAUGAUAAUCAGACGAAGGAGGAAGAUUAGGCAGGAGAUACUUGAUGAAUAUGGAUUGACCGAAGCAGAGCUGGAGCAAAUAGAGGAUUACAAACUACCCCCAGGCCUAUAA